GCGGGCUGGGCGGGCCCCGCUGCUGGCCGCUCCGGGUCGGGCCUGGCGUCGCCAGCGUCAGCGCGAGACUCCGUCGGGCCUCCCGGAGCGGCGGCGGAGCCAGCGGACGCGCGCAUUUGUGCGCCAGGGAGCGCGCUCUCGGCGAGAGCGGGGGAGGGGCCGCGCGGGUUGUGCAGACUCUGGGUGCAGGGAGACGCCCGAAACCCGAUCUGACCCUGCGCUGGGGCGGUGCCUGGUCUUUACGCCGGGACCGAAAACGUCCCCGCCGCUUUCCACGGAGGACUGAAAAUGAGCCUCGGGAGGAGGGCUACCCACCUGGAGAAGCCUAGGGCGUUUCUCAUCGGGUUGCUAUCGAUGGGGGUGAGGGGACUUAGGGUGGAGACUAUUCCGCUGGUCAGCACAAUCCAGACCGGGCACUAAAUGCCAGUAACUGCCCCUUUCCAUUCAUGACGACCCCGAAAGUGUCCCCCCAAAUUAACAAACGUUGGAAGUGCUCCUUAAAUCGCAGGCUUUAGCACUUUCUAGAUUAGAGUCUGGUUGCCACUUGUGAGCCUCCACGUUUCCAGAUCUGUAAACUUUUAAUACUUAAACUUGAAGGGUGAUUGUAAAGAUUAGAAAUAACAUGAGCGGUCUAAUAGCUGAUAGGUAGUAGGUGCUCAACAACUGGUUACUUACAGGUGUAACCAUGUAACUUAGCAUUCCUGUGAGGAUUUGGUUCUUCCCAGAGACAGUCCCACCUCAGAAACACUUCUCCUAAAAGAAUUUGUGAAGCCAGACAAUGCCUAUUGACCUGGGGCAGGCCCUAGGCCUGCUGCCCUCAUUGUCGAGGGCUGAAGAGGACUCAUUCUCUGGAUCAGAUGCUGCCACUCCUGGGGAGCUCUCCAGCCCUGAGACUGCACGCCAGCUCUUCAGGCAGUUUCGUUACCAGGUGCUGUCUGGGCCUCAUGAGACCCUGAGACAGCUUCGAAAGCUGUGUUUCCAGUGGCUGCAGCCAGAGGUUCACACCAAGGAGCAGAUCCUAGAGAUUCUCAUGUUGGAGCAGUUUCUAACCAUUCUCCCUGGAGAGAUCCAGAUGUGGGUGCGUAAACAGUGUCCAGGCAGUGGAGAAGAGGCAGUGACACUUGUGGAGAGCUUAAAGGGAGAUCCAAGGAGACUAUGGCACUGGAUCAGCAUCCAAGUUCUAGGACAGGAAAUCUUAUCAGAGAAGAAGGAAUCCUCCAGAUGCCAAGUGAGUGAAGUGGAGCCCCAUCUUGAAGGGGCACCUCCAGAGUUGGGACUUCAGAGUUCACCUGCAGGACCCCAGGAGCUGCUGAAUCACAUCGUGAAAAAGGAAUCUGACAUGGAACCAGAAUUAGCUCUGGCUGCUUCCCAGCUUCCUGCCCAACCUGAGGAAAGGCUCAUUAGAGAUCAGAACUUUGGAGCUGCACUUCUCCCUGCUGCACCUCAGGAGCACUGGAUACACCUGGAUUCUAGUCAAAAGGAGCAGUACUGGGAUCUCAUGCUGGACACCUAUGGAAAAAUGGUCUCAGGAGCAGGUAUUUCCAACACUAAGCCUGACCUGACUAAUUCAACAGUAUAUGGGGAAGAGCUGACAGGACUGCAGCUUCAUGUCAGUGAGAAGAUCCCACGACUCACUUGCACAGGAGAUAGACAAGAAAACGACAAAGAGAACUUAAACUUGGAAAAUCACAGGGACCAGGAACCCUUGGUUGCCUCUUGUCACACCUUGGGCGAGGCACUUCCUCAGCCUUCCUUGAGGGACUUUUUCUGUGAAGAUGAAUCAGGACACUUUGGAAGAGAGAAUCUCCCUGAGGCACCAGAAAAACUUCAGGGUGAGGUGGCAGGGGAACAACUCUCUCCUCAUGGAAGCAGUUCUGAGAAGCAAGUAGGUCAGUCUAUGCCAAAUCCUCCUUCAGCAGAACUGUCUGCCAUGUGGUUGGAGGAGAAGAGAGAGGCCAGUCAGAAGGGGCAGCCACGAGCCCCCAUGUCCCAGAAACUCCCCACCUGCAGGGAGUGUGGGAAAACCUUUUAUAGGAAUUCACAGUUGGUUUUUCACCAAAGAACUCAUACCGGAGAGACAUAUUUUCAGUGCCCCAUCUGCAAAAAAGCCUUUCUGCGGAGCUCAGACUUUGUGAAACAUCAGAGAACGCACACAGGAGAGAAGCCCUGUAAAUGUGAUUACUGUGGGAAAGGCUUUAGUGACUUCUCAGGAUUGCGCCACCACGAGAAAAUCCACACAGGAGAGAAACCCUAUAAAUGUCCCAUCUGUGAGAAAAGCUUUAUUCAGAGGUCGAACUUUAAUAGACAUCAGAGGGUUCACACAGGAGAGAAACCUUAUAAAUGUUCCCACUGCGGCAAAAGUUUCAGCUGGAGCUCAAGCCUUGACAAACAUCAGAGAUCCCACUUGGGAAAGAAGCCUUUUCAGUAGCCAUGCUUGCUCAGCCCCCGUGUGUCCCCCACUCUGUUUUAAAAGUGCUCAGCUCCACCUGGAGGAAUAGCAUCCCUAAGAGGAUAUCUUGUUCUCUCUUCAUGGAUUGGAGGGGAGAGAACCUGGACAUGGUUUUGGACUUGAAGAUGUAUCAGCCUCUGGAUCUGAUUUCACAGUGACUUAAAUUCUUGCUACUUCAUUAGGAGAAAGAAUAGUCUUUAUGUUUCAGGACAUUUCUUCUUUUGGACCCCUUGGAAAAAAGUUUCAUUUAGAGGUUGGUUUUAGAAGUGCUUUCUGAAGAGAGUUUAACCAGGUGGCUGCAAGUCAUUGCUUGUGGGAAGAACCCUGAAUCAGCCCUUUAGGAUUGGGGUUCUAGAGCAGGUCUCCUGAUAGAGAAUGAGAGGCACAGAGGGCCAGUAAGCUCACAUGGUUAAAAAAUUAACUUCAAGUAUCUGUUUUAAAUAAACUUGAUUGAGCCAC